CUCUCUCUCUCUCUCUUUCUCUCUACAUGAAACAAGACAAAUAAUAGAGACCUUAGACAAAUCUUCCUGUCAAAGCUUAAAACGAAGGGACAUUAAUCAAAGCCCCCCGUCAAACCCCUCUUCUUCUUCUUCUUCUUCUUCUUUCACAUGUCUGAUGAACACAGAGACUUUUUCUACCAUGACCCAUUUCAUGAUGAUAGAUAUGGAAGCACCAGCACCACCACUGCAACUGCUUUCUCAUUCUCUAUCAACAACUCUUCUAUACCCAAUUCAUCAUCAUCAUCUCAUGACCUGCAAGGCUUUCACAACUCUUCAUACUUGAGCUUCACUGAGUGUUUACAUGGAUCUACAGACUACAACACACUUGCAAGAGCAUUUGGCUUGUCACCGCCAUCCCCGGAGCAAAAGGUUGAGAUGAUGGUGGAUGCCGGAGGAGGAGGAGGAGGAGGAGGAGACUUAGUGGGCAGUGGCGGCGGUGGAAGUGAAACUCCGGUUACCCCAAACUCUUCGGUCUCUUUCUCGUCCACCGAGGCUGGCGGCGAUGAAGACUCAAAUAAACAUAAGAAAGACCUCCUACAACAGAAGGAGUCAGACGACGACGGAGGAGAAAGCUCUAAGAAAGUGAGCAAAUCCAAAAAGAAAGGAGAGAAAAAGGAGAAAGAACCCCGGUUUGCUUUCAUGACCAAGAGUGAAGUUGAUCAUCUGGAAGAUGGAUAUAGAUGGAGAAAAUAUGGACAGAAGGCUGUCAAGAAUAGCCCUUUCCCAAGAAGCUACUACCGUUGCACCACACAGAAGUGCACGGUGAAGAAGCGCGUUGAGAGGUCGUUUGAAGAUCCAUCAGUUGUGAUAACAACAUACGAAGGCCAACAUAACCAUCCGAUACCGGCAACUCUGAGGGGAAAUGUGGGGGGGAUGGUGUUGCCACCUUCUGUGAUGACAACGCCGAUGGCGGGGACAGGGUUUCCUCAAGAAUUUAUAGUUCAAAUGCCUUCAGUGUACAACUAUGGUGGUGGCAUGAACUCUUUCUACCCACAAACUAGUGCUAGUACUCAUCAUCAUCUAACUCCACCACAUUAUCAUCAACAGCUUCAGUUUCAGCUUCCUGACUAUGGCCUUUUACAAGACAUGGUUCCCUCCAUGUUUCUUAAACAAGAGCCAUGACUCUCUUUGUGUGUGUGUGUGUGUGUGGGGUUUAGUACACCUUAUUUAUUACUUGAUAUCAUGUAUGCUACUUCUGCUGUUGUUAAGCUUAUAUAUAGAGCCCCUUUCAAUUGCUAAUUUUAUCAUUUGUAUGACAAAUGCUCUUGAAUUGGUGUUUGUAAUGGAGUGCAAGAAAUAUUGUGUCUUU